CGCAAACGUGCACGCAUCGUAUGCUGCCGUGUACAUACGAAUUAAUCACUAUUUUAAAACGAUUUUCUGCAGUAGGUAAUAAUUCUUUUAACAAGUGUUGUUAAUUUAGGUUUCCAGUUACCAGUUUCGGCAAUAUGAUUGUUAAAAAUUGCUACACCUCCGUCGCCUGCAACCGUACACCUGGAGCGCUGGACUGGGGCGACGAUGGGCUGAUUUACUACGGUGCCUCCCAUUCGAUUGCCGUUUACGAUCCCAAGUUCGAAGGAUCGGCAAAAAUAAUUCGCAACCUGUUGGGACACAAGGCGCGAAUCAACACCGUUAAGAAAAUACGGAAUGUUCCUUCGGGGACCACCGUUGAUUUGAUUUCUGGUUCCGAUGAUGGAACAUGUAUACUGUGGGACUCGAGAAGUGAGUCAAACGGAUUACAAUAUGUCCUGGAAGGUCACAAGAAAGGUGUUACCCACGUGGAUGGGUAUUAUUUGGAAGAUAAACUGAUUGUCGCUAGCACUUCCGCCGAUUGUACGGUUAAGUUGUGGACUUUGCAGGAUGACACGUUCAGUUGCCUUCAAACAAUGGACCUUAACACGGGAUACUGUUUUGCCCUGAAGUUUUCCAAACUUCCUGGAUCGAGUAGCUUGCUGUUGGCCAUCGCCAAUGAUAAUGAUUCCAUCACUCUAUGGACUGGUUCCGUUGAAUCGAAAUUCGUACAAGUCGAAAGUCUCCAGGGCCAUUCCGACUGGGUUCGUGGUUUAGAUGUCAUCGAAGAACCUGGUAGUGGAGAUUUGAUUUUGGCAAGCUCAUCCCAGGACAGUUUUAUUCGACUGUGGAGAAUUAGCUACCGUAAGGAAUUGGUUGCUCAAAAGGAUUUUGAACUACUGUCUGCAGAUGAGAGCAUCGUGCUGGAAGAGCGCACUUUCACGAUUAGCGAUGGGUCACAAAGCUUCCACUAUGCUGUGGCACUGGAAUCGGUACUGCAGGGUCACGAAGGAUGGGUUUAUGGAGUGGAUUUCAAUCGAAGUUCUACCACAAAGGGUAGUUUGAACCUCUUGUCCAGCUCGAUUGAUAAAACUUUAACCAUUUGGACACCCUCCGAAUCGGGUAUUUGGUUCGAAAGUGUCCGUGUUGGAGAAGUCGGUGGAGGUACCUUAGGAUUUUAUGGCGGGAAAUUCUCCCCGGAUGGCCGUUCUAUUAUCGGACAUGGUUUCCAAGGAAGUCUGCACCUGUGGCAUCAAGACCCAGAAAACCCCAGCCAAUGGAAACCGGGCACAAUAAUCGGUGGACAUUUCGAAGCAGCACGAGAUCUAGUCUGGGAACCGCGGGGAGAAUUUCUCGUGUCCCUAUCGGCUGAUCAAACUACACGAAUACACGGUUGCUGGAAACCCACGUCAACGUGGCACGAAAUAGCACGGCCCCAGGUGCAUGGCUACGAUAUGCAAUGCCUCUGUCUGUUAUCUCGCUAUCGACUGGCUAGUGCGGCUGAGGAGAAAAUUGUGCGCGUUUUCCAGGCACCCGGCAAUUUUGUGGAAAACUUCCGGCAACUGUGUGGGGUCAAUGACGAUCCCGAGGGCAGCGACAUUCUGAAAACAACCCCGAAAGGAGCGUCGGUACCGUCGUUGGGUCUUUCCAACAAGGCCGUUUACAGCUCGGAUGUGGAACCGGAACCGGAUGCUAAACACGUGAAGGACAUGUAUCCGGAACAUUACUUUACCCCAUCCAGCCUUCAGUCGCCACCGACCGAGGAAACACUAAUGCAAAACACUCUGUGGCCCGAAAUGCAAAAACUGUACGGUCACGGUUACGAAAUCUACUCGCUAGCGGUCACCUCCGAUGGCCGCUGGGUUGCAUCUGCUAGCCGAGCCACCUCUGUCGAGCAUGCAAAGAUUUUAAUAUGGAACACAACGACGUGGAAAAUCGCACAAAAAUUGACCGCGCAUCAACUAACGGUGACCCAGUUGGCGUUUUCCCCAGACAAUACUAAACUUUUGGCCGUAUCUAGGGAUCGCACACUUUCAGUUUUUGAAAACAUCCAACCAAACGACGAGGGAUGUGAUUUCAAGCUGGUACUUCACACCGAUAAAAAGAAUGGUGUCCAUGCACGAAUCAUUUGGUGUUGUAGUUGGGCACCGGAUUCUAUCAAUUUUGUUACCGGUUCCCGAGACGGGAAGGUGGUUCUUUGGGAACAGCAAAAACAUCCCGAAAGUGAGGCUGUUUCAUAUGGUUCGAAAUCCGUUCUGGAACUGAAGGGUGAAUCUAUUACAUCUUUGGCGUUUGCGCAUCGAACAAUUGAGCAAGACCGGUGGCUUUUGGCCAUUGGUUUGGAGACGGGAGUUAUACAUCUGUAUUCGGUGCAACAAGAUUGGAAGCCUUUGACGACGCUGGACCGAUCAUUUGGACAUCAUUUGACAGUGAAACGACUAGCUUUCAGACCAAGAACUGACGACCAGUUACAACUAGCUAGUUGCGGAGAAGAUAAUUUUGUUAAAAUAUAUGAUAUACUAUAUUGAUAAAAGA